AUGCAUAAAAUUCGAGUAUAGAGAGUGAAGGAAGUGGAGUAUUAAAGAAUAAAAAAUUAAUAUCUUUUAAUUAAAAAAAAUAUAUUAUGGCAGACGUUCAAAAAUCAAAGAGCAUUCUAAAAAUAAGAAGGCAUUUUCUAAAACUCCAAGAAACUCUUAGCUAAGAAGACAUCAAAAGGUGUUAGAUACUGGAAAGAAGUUGGUUUGGGGUUCAAAGUACCAAAGGAUGCAAUUGAGGGUAAUUACAUUGAUAAGAAAUGUCCAUUCACAGGAAAUGUCAGUGUCAGAGGAGCAAUAUUAAAAGGAAUUGUCAUUUCAACUAAGAUGACAAGAACCAUCAUUAUUAGAAGAGAUUAUUUGCACUAUGUUGCCAAAUAUAACAGAUAUGAAAAGAGACACAGAAAUGUACCAGUGCACAUUUCACCAGCAUUUGGACCAGUCAAGGAAGGAGAUAUCGUUGUUUGUGGACAAUGCAGACCAUUGUCAAAGACUGUUAGAUUCAAUGUUUUGAAAGUAAUCCCAAAUGAAAUCAUUGGUAAUGUUAGAAAGCAAUUUGUUUUGUUCUGAUUUGCAUGGAUAUCUAUAUAGUACAAUAUCAAAAUAAUUUAUGCAUUAAUUUAA